CGAAAUAUCCCUCUCUUCUUCUCACCAGGCUUUUCACCUCCUUCAGUCCUUCUCUUCUUCCAGAUUGUUCCUGACACUUCUGUGGUCUGCUUCACUCGCCUUCCAUCCCAAGAGAUCAUCACCAUGGCGCUCCGUUCCGCCCUCGCCGCGGCCCUGGCCCUCUCCCCCUUCAUCGGGACCGUUGCAGCCCACGGCAGCCACACAGCCGAAGACAUUGCCGCAGAGCUCGCCCUCCGCGACAUCGUCACCGUCCACGGCAAGCGCGCCCUGAACGCCUGCUCCAGCUCCCCCGCCGCCCUGGCCCUGAAGCAGCGCGCCCUCGAGCGCCGCGCCAACACGGCCCAGAUGCUCCGCGAGAAGCGCGGCCUCACCGACCAAAAGAUGCACCAGAAGCGCGCCCAGGCCGACCUCGUCAAGUGGGCCGCCGUCGACCACGAGUCCGCCGAGGCCUACAACCUCGACACCCCCCUCGAGGAGAUCUUUGGCUCCAACGCCACCUGUGCCCUCGUCCCCGAGACCACCAUCGGCCCUUACUACGUCGAGGGCGAGCUCAUCCGCGUCGACACCACCGACGGCCAGGCCGGCGUCCCCGUCCACCUGGACAUCCAGUUCGUCGACGUCAACGACUGCACCGCCGUUCCCGAGCAAAUCAUUGACGUCUGGGCCUGCAACGCCACCGGCGUCUACUCGGGCGUCUCCGCCCAGGGCCAGGGCGGCCUCAACACCACUCACGGCCGCGGCGUCCAGCAGUCCGACGCGGACGGUGUCGUCCAGUUCGACUACGUCUUCCCGGGCCACUACACCGGCCGCGCCACCCACAUCCACAUCAUGUCCACCGACGGCGCCGAGAUCCUCCCCAACGGCACCUUCGAGGGCGGCACCGCCCGCAACAUUGGCCAGCUCUUCUUUGAUCAGGACCUCAUCUCCGAGGUCGAGACCCUGGCCCCUUACACCAGCAACCGCCAGACCCUCACGACCAACCUUCAGGACGGCAUCGCCGCCGGCGAGGCCACUGCCGUCUACGACCCCUUCCUCAAGUACGUCCGCCUCGGCGACGACCUCAACGACGGCCUCCUCAUGUGGAUCACCAUCGGCAUCGACACCACGGCCGACUACAACGACAAGGUCAGCGCUGCCGCGCACUACUACGAGGGCGGCGGCGUCGACCAGAGCAGCGGCGGCGGCGGCCCCGGUGGACCGGGCGGCCCUCCUCCCAAUGGUACCUUCCCUACCGGUGCUCCCCCCGGUGCCCCGCCCACCUCUACCCCGUCUGCUUAAAACCCGCUGACAUUUUGUUGGUGCUGAAGCUUAGAGCUCGGGCUAUCUAAGAUGAGAGGUUUUUAGACUUCUAGAAACCUCUUGAUUCCGAUGGUAGGCUUGGGUGCGGUUGGUAUAUAGGAGGAGAGACAAGUGUACAUGAGUGUCGUGAAUGUUGUACAAAGUUGGUUUUUUGGUGGAAAAAAAAGCUUCAUACCGACGACCAGGGGCUGUUUGUGUUUAGUUCAGGAAUAGCAAACGGAAAUUCUGAAAUACAUAUUUACAUUCGUAC